AUGAUCUCGCAGAAGCUGUCGUACGGCGACGUGCCGACGUCCGCGUCGCUGUCCUCGUUGUCGCCGGGCCUCGCGCCCCCAUACGUGAACGGUAUGGGCUGCAUGCCUGCGCAGCCUUACCCAAACCUGUACUCCAACAACAUGGUGGCCGGCAGCUCGUGUAUGGGCUCCCCAGGCGUGGGCUACAGCCCGCCUAGCACCAUGGCGUCCUGCAUGGGCGGCGGCGGUGCUGUGCCCUACGGCUCGCUACCACGCGAACAGGAAGCCGCCUCGCCCACCUCAGCGCUGCAGCGAGCACGUAACGACAAGACCUACCGUCGCUCGUACACACACGCCAAGCCGCCGUACUCCUACAUCUCGCUCAUCACGAUGGCCAUCCAGAAUAACCCAUCGCGCAUGCUCACACUCUCGGAGAUCUACCAGUUCAUCAUGGACCUGUUCCCGUUCUACAGACAGAACCAACAGCGCUGGCAGAACUCCAUACGACAUUCGCUGUCGUUCAACGAUUGCUUUGUGAAAGUGCCGCGAACGCCAGACAAGCCUGGCAAAGGAUCGUUCUGGACGCUGCACCCAGACAGCGGAAACAUGUUCGAGAAUGGUUGUUUCUUACGAAGACAGAAACGAUUUAAGGAUGAGAAGAAAGAAUCGAUAAGACAAGCUCAGAAAGCUCACACUGGACACGGGCACCACGGAGGGUCACAUGAGAAGCGCGGCGACCACUCACAUGAGAAGGGUGGUGUCGGAGGUGGUGCGCCGCCGGGUGGUGAGGACAAAGAGAUGCGUGACGAGCUACUAGCACAGCUACACGCAGCGCCCGAACUAUGUCUGCCCGAGCAUACGCCGCUAGCGCUGGAACAUUACGCGCAGCUAAAGCAGGAGCCCACGGGGUACGCGCCCGCCCAGCACCCGUUCAGCAUCACUCGGCUACUGCCUGGUGCCGAUACGAAGGCUGACCUGAAGAUGUACGACGUGAACUAUGGGUACGGGCACUCGCCGGCAGACAACUACUACCAGUCGCCGCUGUACCACCACCACCACGCGCACGCGCAGCCGCCCUUGUGA